AUGAGACAAAUUCGGUCGCAAGAGACAAAUGAGGACCGUGAAAACCGUUUAGCUUACAAUAGAAAACAAACUGCGGAAUCUCAGACAUCAGAGUCCAGUUUUCAUAAUGAAGUGCGCUUAAAUACAGAUCGCGAAAGCCACGCGAUGUCUCGCGCUUCGGAAACUUUAACAAAUUACUCACAGCGUUUAAAAGUAGACUGUAAACGUCAUGUCGAGUCUCGCGUUUCAGAGACGUUCACCCACAAUUUCAACCGCUUGACAGCAAAUCGGAAACAUCAUGCAGAGUCUCGCGCUUCGGAGACGUUUUCGGAUUAUUCAGAUCGCUUGACUGCAGACCGAGAGCGUCAUUCUGAGUCACGCUCUUCGGAAACGUUUCCGCAGUAUUCAGAACGCUUGACUGCAGACCGUGAACGUCAUGCUGUUUCUCGCGCUUCCGAACCAUUAACAGAGUACUUAGAACUGUUGACUGCAGAUCGGGAACGUCAUGCGAGAUCACGUGCUUCGGUAUCAUUUAGUCAAUAUGAAGCGACGUUAGCAGCAGAUAGACGGCUAGUAGAUCACUUGAAACGCAGCAGGAGCGUGACUUACGGUUAG